AAAAAUUGCUUUAAAUUAGGGUAAAUUACAAUCACAUCCUAAGGUAAAGCUAAAUUAUGAAAUUUUGAAAAAUUGCUUUUAAUAAUUGUGAUCCUUCCCAAUUUCUAGGUAAUCUUGUUAAUUAAAGCAUGCCAAAAGAUAGGAGUUGGGUUUUAUUAGGUGAUCGUCGGUUAGCAGCAUAUCAAAAUGGUUGUGUGGAAUUUAUGGAUUUUGCCUUCGCUAGAUGUGACGUUGAUAAUAAAAUAAGAUGUCCAUGUAGAGACUGUAAGUGUCGUAAAUGGGGGGAUCGUGAAUUCGUUCAUAAACAUUUACUUUGGAGGGGUUGGGAUAAGAUGUAUGGGCAACGCCGAUGGACUCUGCAUGGAGAGUCCGAAGAACAAUACAUUGGCGAUGAAAUGAACAAUACUAAUCAUACAGAAAUACCCGAAGUUGCAAUUUCAAAUGAACCUGUUGAUGUACGUGAUAACAUGGAAGACUUACUGCAUGCGUGUCUUCAUCACGAUCAUCAUCACGAUCAAGAAGAUCUGCACGAAGAACCCAACCCCGAAACUGAUGAUUUUCGUACCCUCAUUGAAGAGUGGUGCAUCCCCGUUUAUGAUGGAUGCCGGGUAUAUACUAAACUUUCUUUUGUCAUGGAGUUCUACAAAAUUAAGUCUCGUGGCAAGAUGAGUGAUAAUACAUUUACUGAAACCCUUCAGUUAAUGAGAAAACUUGAUUUUUUAAAUAUACCCGACUCUUUUUAUGAAGUUAAGAAGCUCAUCGGUAAAUUGGGGUGUGGUUACGUCAAGAUUGAUGCGUGUGAGAAUGACUGCAUGCUGUUUUGGAAGGAUGACUUGAACUUAAAUGCAUGCAAAGUGUGUAAUGCUUCAAGAUGGAAGAAUCCAGUAGAAAACCAACCGAGUUCUUCAACCUCUCAGCGCAAAAGGGUACCGAAAAAAGUUCUGCGACACUUUCCAUUGAUUCCGAGGCUCAAGCGGCUAUUUAUAUGUCAAAAAUCAGCAAUUAACAUGAGAUGGCACGCUGAGUCUCGAUGUAACGAUGGCGUUCUCAGGCACCCUGCUGAUUCUGAUGCUUGGAAAGAGUUUGACAAGAAGCACGAGUCAUUCUCUUUGGACCCUCGAAAUGUAAGGCUUGGCUUGGCUACUGACGGUUUUAAUCCCUUUGGAUCAUUGAGCAGCAAACAUAGCACAUGGCCUGUAAUUCUAAUGGUUUACAACUUACCACCAAAUAUGUGCAUGCAACGCUCUAAUAUGAUGAUGUCAUUGCUUAUUUCUGGUCCUAAAGGCCCGAAAAAUGGCAUUGAUGUUUAUCUACAGCCGUUGAUCGACGAGCUUAAUGAGUUGUGGGGUUCUGGGAUAACAACUUUUGAUGCGUACACCAAGCACAAGAAAGAGGGUCGUGUCGAAGGAUUGUGGAGAGCAUUUAAGGUAACGUGGAAACUUCCUGAAAAUGAGGCUACGAAGAAAUGGUUCAACGAGACGGCCAAUUGUCGUUGGAAAGAUGCAAAAACGUAUUACGGGUGGUUAGAUCACCGCAGAUAA